AUGUCUUUUUAAUUCCUUAAAAUAUGUUUUAAUAAUGAUCUCAGAAGAUUAAGAAUUUUAAAGAGAUUUUUGUUUUACAAAAUUCAACGAAAUGAGUUUUAUAGAUUAGAGGAGAUUAGGAAUGAAAUGUUGAAUAUGAAAUUUGAAAAUAGAGAAUCAGUCAAACAAACUGCUGGAACAAGUUCUUGGGUUUUAUAUUUAAAAAAGAGACAAUAAAAUAAAUCAAAUUGGUAAUGGUGGUGA